AUGGCCGAAAUAAGAGGAGGCCUGGGAGAGGAAGAGGAGGCCUGGGACAGGGAAACGAGGUGGAAGGAGCCGGGGGAGCCAGAAGGAGGGGCCGGUGACCGUGGUGAGACCAGGUUCCGGGGUGGGCCGAGAAAGGGUUUAAGGGAGGCCCAGGGAGGAGAUGAAGCGGGGGGAGCGGGCCCGGCGGGGCCUGCCGGGGCCGCGCCCCGCGGGACCUGGUCGCCGCCCACCAACCGCGUGGACCCGGGCGGCGGUGGGAAGGACAUUCGGCGCACCGGCACCCAGUCCCACCGCGGCUCCACCACCAGCUCCGUCCCACACGCCCCCCGACCCCCCCCCCCAACCCCGGAGCUGACGGCGCCGGGGGGCCCGCCCGGCCUCCUACCCGUGACCCACGCCCGGCCCCCACAACCGCCCACCCCCAACCUGACCACCGGGCCCGGGGCCCACCCGGAACCGGCCCAACCGCCCGGCCCGGGACCUGCCACACGCCCGGAGAACCAGGCGAACCAGCGACCGCCGCCCGGAGAACCGGCUACUACAGGCCCGGGAACCAGGCAACCAGGCCCGGCCCCAUGA